AGACAAUCAUUAAUUAAACAUUAAUAUUUCAAUAUUUUAAAACAAAUUGAUACGAACAGAACAAUUGGAAUCAUUUAAAAAGUAAAGCACAACAGUUCAGCAAUUUUGUGUUAUGGCAAUAAUGUUCCUAAAAACGAAUCAUGGAUUUAAGUCCUUCAAGAAUUUCAAUUAUAAACUUUAUCUCAUGGGGAGAAAGCCUACAGUUUGUGUAAAUUUUAUGGUAAUAAGACAUUUUAUCGUUUGAGUAGGAAGUGGCAUAAAAAUAGGAUUGCCAACAAUCGGAGUGACGUCACGCCAUGGAGGGACUUACAGUUCUAAAGUUACAUUAUAGUUGAAGAAAAUAAGAUUUUCAUCACAAAGCUGCAUUUUCUUGUAAGAAGAGUACAAAAAUAACAAGAUCAGUGUACGACGCGAGUGAAAAACCAAAGAAAAUAUCGAUCGAACCGCGCAUUGUGAAUAAAAUAAAUGUGAUAUUAAUUGUUUCGUUGAAGUUACAUAGUUACCAGAAUUUAUUAUAUUUUAUCCAAGUAGAAGAGAAGAAUAUGCGACCUCCGUCCAGGUUAAAACUUAACUAGAUAGAUAGUUUAAGGCAAUGUCUGUUAGCACCUAAGCUGAAAGCCUGAAAGUCCCGAAGAAUAAUCAAAAAUGCCAGUCGUUUCGCCUUCAAGGUAUACCUCCACGUCGUCAAGCCUGACGGGCUCAUAUCGAUCUACCUUAACCUCGUCCUCGAGCUUCGAUAAACCGUACUAUAGAACCAGCAGUGGGACAUACGUGUCCUCCACUCUGCGAAGCACUUGCGGGGACAGAACAACAGAGUACAGGUCCAAGUAUUCCGAUGUGGACGGCAAGAGGGAGAGGAAGUCAUCCCUCGUGGAGUAUUCCAGAACAUCGCGAGCGCCCAGUAUCACGGACUCUGAUAGCGGCAUAUCAACCAGAUAUCGCUCCGAGAGGAGCAAAUCCAGGUCCCGGGAUAUAUCUACGACCAGAAGUGAGAGCAGCAAGACUUCUAGUGACCCGUUGCCGCGAAACAAGAGGAAUGUCAUCAGCACUGCAGCGCUGACAAUGUCUACGGCUGAGCUUUACAACAAGUAUUCCCCUGCUAACUACGUGCCGCUCACCCAGAGGAUCAAAGAGCAACAACAGAACCAGAAUAGUUAUGGCGAAAUUGCCAGGUCGAAAUCUAUAUCAAACGAUAUCGGAAGACCGCCAGCUGAUCCAGCGAAGAGUAUAAGGAGAGCGAGGAAUUCUACUGCAGCGACCAUAGCUGAGAGACCGGAAGGCAGAAGAUCGUAUAAAGAGAGCUCUCCCAGCUACAGCAAAAGGAACUCUAUGACGAACGGUAUAAAGGAUAAUAACGGUAACGAAGUGGUAUCCGUUUCUGAAAUUCGAAAGAGGUUCGAUCCAAAAAUGACCGUGACGAAAUUGCCCGCAAACGAAGCGUCCUAUUCACCGAAAAGUUCAGUAGAACAGUAUCUGAGUAAGUUGAAAGAAUGCGAGAACGGUGGUACCGGGUACACGAAAAUCGUGCCAAACUACGACAAGCCUGUCCCGGUGCAUCUGUCUUGCGCUGAGAAGAACGGCUCGAACCAUAGAUGGGAGCUUGGCUCCUCCUCCUCCAGGUCCAAUUCCAACUCCGAUCUGUCCAUAAGCAAAACUAUAUCCGAACCUGUCAGCCUAGCAAAACCAAUAGUAGACAAAACCAACUCAAUGUCCACGUCACUCACCACGAAACUGCCUUCUGACCGUCUCGCCAGCAUCAAAAGCCAACUAGACCCAAACAAUCCCAUAGGAAAAAUCUUAGAAAAAUCCACUGUCAUACAAGUCGAAAAUGGCGACGUUGAUUACAAAAAGUUAAGAAGUAGCCCCGAAGUGGCUAACAGGAAGGAGUCACUCAAGAACGACAUCGAGAAACAGGUAAAAAUGCCAAAACACACAUCUAACUUCGCUUCGUAUAUACAGAUGUCUCAACCGAUAGCUUCGGGUGCUGGGCAGAAAGCGAAUAACAUCCAAGAAGAUAAAGCUGACGUGCUACCAGAUAGAAGAUCCAAAGUCAACUUAAAAUAUAUAGAUUGUGAACAAGACGACAGAUUAGUACUAGACAAUGACAUUGAAUCUCCUAGUGGCACAGGUUUUGAGAACAAAACCUUUGAACAUGAAAACUUCUUGAAGAAACGUAUAGAGAAAAAUGGCGUAGACGAAAAAGAACCUUGUCAAGAUGGAACAAAGUCUAUGGAGACUAGUACGGAGAGCACUCUUAGUGAAGCUACAGAAGACUCCAGUCCUGACACGCCGUCGUCUAGAAGAAGAGUGUUGGACACGAAAGACUAUGAUGAUUACAAAUCGGAGUUAUCUGUAAGCAAGAGUGGUCCCAGCGGGCUGAGGCGUAGCAGCGAGAGGUCCGACUCAGCUAUAGACACAAGCGAGAAACAGCACAGCCACACCAGCGGGUUGAACGGGCUUCGCAACAUCGGCAACACGUGUUUCAUGAACUCCGUACUUCAGUGUAUGUCCAACACGCGGCCUCUCCUAGAAUACGUCUCCGAGGACAAGUGGGAGAUCAACACUGCGCUGUCGACUAUGAAAGGCGCCCUUAUCAAGGCGUUUGCGAGCGUCAUUAAGGAGCUAUGGCGGAGUGGUGAGAAAGACGCCGUUGUCAACACUACCUCGCUGAAGUCCCAGGUUCAGAGGUUCGCGCCUAGAUUCAUGGGGUACAGUCAGCAAGAUGCGCAGGAAUUCCUGAGGUACUUACUGGAGGGUCUGCACGAAGACGUGAACCGAGUCACGGUCAAACCGAAGCCAAUUCUCACAGAAAUAGAUGAUAACUUAAGCGAUACAGCCAAGGCUGCCGAAGCGUGGUCUCGCUACCUGCGGGCUGAGGAUAGCCGCGUGAGUGACAUAUUCGUGGGACAGCUCAAGUCGACACUCCGGUGCACGCAUUGUAGGCACGACAGUGUCACUUUCGACCCAUUCUGGGACCUUAGUUUGCCGAUCCCGUCGCGCACGGGCAGCCUCAAGCUGCAACAAUGUCUGCAACACUUCACCAAGGAGGAGGAGCUCGACGGAGACGAGAAACCGACUUGUUCUAAAUGCGGUGUGCGCCGCAAGUGCCUCAAAUGGUUCACUGUACAGAAGUUCCCACAAGUGCUAGUCAUACAUCUCAAAAGGUUCUCCCCCACGGAACGUUUUCGUGGCAAACUGAACGUGUUGGUGGAGUUCCCUCUCACCGGACUGGACAUGUCUCCAUACGCGGCCACUUCGGGGGGAAACAACUCCCCCGCGCCGGUCUACAAUCUGUACGCUGUGAGCAACCAUUCCGGCACGACAUACUCCGGCCACUACACGGCGUACUGCAAGCACCCGUACACAGGAGAUUGGCACGAAUAUAACGACUCCAGGGUGACGCCUAUAAAUCCACGCAACGUGGUCUCCUCCGAGGCGUACGUUUUGUUCUACGAACUCGCGCGGAACAACUCAUAGCCGCGGCCGAGGAAAUAGCGACGAGUUUGCGAUAUCGCCAGAAUGUUAAUAUGUGCACACUUUAGGGGCAAGAGUGGGGGCUAACGGGAAAAACCGGGGGCAACGGGAAAAUCCCCUGGGUCAACGAUAAAUACUCGGCGCCAAUAAGAAUAUUCAGGGGUUAACGGGAAUAACCGGGGCCAACGGGAAUACGAUCGAUAUUACAUAGCAACAAUGCAAUCUGAACGAUAUUACACUGUGCAUUAAUAAAAAUGUGAGAUUUUUGAGUAAAUACGCACUCGAAGUGGAACUACUAUUACUAUUAAUGAUCGGAAUUGAUCGAUGUUACGUUAUAUAUUUGGUGACAAAUUGAUUAUUGUACAAGUGUUCAUGUGUGUUGUACACAGCUUAGGAAGUAAAUUUGGGGGACAACGGGAAUUGUUUUAUUCAUAUGUACACACUUUAGGGGUUGGUUGGUAUAAUGUUAUCUGACGGUAUUGCACUGUUUCGAAACGAUUUGUAUAAAAAAACUAAUGGGUAAAAAUGGCGAAUCAAUGGGAAUUUUUCCAUAUAAACUAAAGCUCUGUCAAAUAUACUGUUCAAAUGAUAAAUACAUUCAAAAACACAGUAACAUUUUUUGUUGAAUAUCCUUUACUUAUAUUUACUGUAAUAUUAUUGAAAACAUUUUAAAAAUAG